UUGAUUGCCACGUAAAUUUUGCCGGGAGAAGAUUUCCAUCCGCAGCGGCAUUUCAACGAAAAACAUCUUUCUUUUACAAGGAAAUGUGUUGAAUCGACGAAUAUUCAGUUGAUCUGUAACGAAAUUCUAGUAAAAUCAAAUUCGAAUCAUUAAGGAUGGGAGGUGCAAACAGUGUGGAAGUCCCAGGAGGAGGCACAGAAGGCUACCAUGUCUUGAGGGUUCAAGAGAAUUCCCCCGGGCACAAAGCUGGAUUAGAAGCUUUCUUUGAUUUUGUCAUCGCUAUUGGAAACACAAGAUUGGACAAGGAUGAUGACACGUUGAAGCGUCUCCUGCAGGAAUAUGAGGAGAAACCUGUUAAGAUGUUGGUGUAUAGCAGCAAGGCAUUGAGUGUCAGGGAAGUCACGCUCACGCCAAACAAGAGAUGGGGUGGCCAGGGUCUUCUCGGCGUUAGCAUCAGAUUCUGUUCCUUUGAAGGUGCCAACGAGAAUGUGUGGCAUGUCUUGGAUGUGCAACCCAACUCCCCUGCAUCGAUAGCAGGAUUCAGAGCAAAUACAGACUACAUCAUCGGAGCCGAUUCGGUGCUUUUAGAAUCGGAAGACUUGUUCUCCUUGAUCGAGUCACACGAGGGCAGGCCUCUGAAAUUGUACAUGUAUAAUGUGGAAACGGAUGGAUGUAGAGAGGUCACCAUCACACCGAACAGGAAUUGGGGAGGAGAAGGAAGCAUGGGUUGUGGUAUUGGCUACGGAUAUCUUCACCGGAUACCCACAAGGUCGUUCCCUGAAGGUCAGAGUAUCGAUAUCAGUGCACACUUGAAAGCUUCAGCCGCAGCAGCAGCCGCAGGAGAUCAAUCUACUGCACCCCCACCUGAUGGAUUUUCAGAGGUUUCGCUGGCCUCCACUCCUUCUAAUUCAGUGGCUGGUCUCCAGACUAGCAUGGCGGACCUUGCUCUUACACCAGGAGCCACGCCCUCUGCCCCGGGUGCCACACCCGCUGGGGUCACAGCAGCAGCAGCAGCCUCACCGCUUGCCCAGCCCAAUCUGAAUGCCACCACGCCCUCUCCAGCAAUGCUUGGGGGAGGGACCACGGUUCCCCUGACGACAGGAACAUCAUCCUUGUACCAGAGUCCCGUGGGAGGAGCGGUUCCUCCCCUCAACCUAGAUGUGACCCCGGGAGCGUCUCCGUCUGGUGCCUCCGUUCCGCCGCCACUUUCAGGACCAAUUUCUGGUAUGCUACCACCAGUCAGUCUAGCCAAUGUGCCGGGACUUCCCAACAUCAAUGUCUCGUUACCGUCGGUCAAUCUUUCCAACUACCCUGCUCUCAACACAUCCACAACAUCAUCACCUCUAAACCCCGCCCCGAUAGGAGGGGUGUCUCCAGCCCCCAUCUCUCUCGGGGCGUCGCCCGCCCCCGUCUCUCUUGGUGCAUCGCCCGCCCCCGUCUCGCUCGGAGCAUUGCCCGCCCCCGUCUCGCUCGGAGCAUCGUCGCCUGCGGUCUCAAACCUGCCCCCUCCUCCAGCCGUCAGUCUGCCCGGAGGAAUCUCAAUACCAGGGCCGACGCCCCUACCUACCUUACCGGCCGGAAUCGGCACGUCACCGCUGCCGGCUACCUCCGCACCGUCUUCAUAAGAAACAGACUCUCAUCAUAGACAUUGCAAAUGAAAUAACCUAAUUGAGACUGUUAGUCCUUACUGUACGCAACAUAGGAGAGGAAAGGUAUAUCCGAAGCAAUCAUCAUACAGCACGUUGCUUGAAAAAAAGCAUCCUGACAGCUGAAGAUAGCUUAUCCUAAAUGAUACAUGGUUUUGUUCCUUCAAUGUUCAGUGUUUGUUUACUAUCAGAGGUCAAAGGAAUUAAUUCUCUCAUUGUGAAGAGAAAUUUCCUCAAAUAUUUAUGAAAUGGGAUUAGUUUGAUAUAUGGUCUAAACCCGAAUGGAAAGUGUAGAAAAUAGAAAGUAUGAGGACUAGGUAUAACAAUUUGAAUAUUCAUGGUUUAAAGUAUUGAAGAAUUAGAAUAUUUUGAAUAUUCAUGCUGCAAGCAUGUCACUAUUGGGAUAUCCAAUGAUGCUAUGGUUGAUAUGCCCUCACAGAUAUCGUCAAAUAUCUCUGUAUUGCAAAAGAAUUAUGGCACUGUUUUUGACAUUAUUUUCUGUAACACCAUUUUUGUUGGUUUGUAUACUAAUUUGCCAUGGUUGUUAUCGUUUCCAAUUUGCAUAAUAAUUAUUUUCCGUGUGCCGAAUAUUUUUAUUACCGGCAGUGGAAAAAAAAGUGUCACAAUAAAUCUCAUUUGUUUUGAGAUAUUUCAAUAUUGUGAAUAUUCAAAGAUCAAAAGGCCUAGUCCUAAAAUUUGAUGGAUUUGUGAUUGAGCAUAUUGACAGGCAAUUUUCAGCAAUGUAAUCUUUAUGGAUAAUGAAAUAACGAGAACUUUAUCUCGGGAUAACAAUAUUUUGUUGUCCUUCACUGAUUACAUUCCUUGGCAUAAACCUCUAUAAAAGUAGGUAAAUAUAAAAGAUUCAUAAAAAAUCAUCUCAUUUUGGAUAAUCCAUGAUUUUUACAUGUUUGUGUGUGUUGUUUAUUCAAAGGUCGCAACCGUUUUCCUCUGAAUUUGAAAUAUUUUGCCCUUAUUUCGUAUGCAAGUGCAAGUAAAAUUUAAUAAAGUAUGUAUCCAAAACCAUAAUUUUGAAACAAAUCCUCGCAUUGGUAACAAAUUACUAUGUGAUUAAAAAAAUACAGAAUAAAUAACAAAGAAUAUUAUUUCUCAAUUUCUAAUGGAUAUGAAUGCUGUAAUAUGAAAUUAUAAUUGUCCAAAGUUGCCAAGCUAAAGUAGAAUUGAUUAAAAAUGAAUAAAGGAUAGAGGGAUGGAUGUGAGAAGGAAGGAGAAUUAAUGAGAAAAUGAAAUGAAUUAUCAAGGAAUGUGAUUAUUUUGAAUUAGAUUCUAACACGAGAUCGAUCACUGGUAUUGUUAGAGAAUGAAUAUAUCACCAGCAUGAUUUAUAUUUUCUUAAUGCUCUUAUAGUGCAUGUUAGGUAGGAAAUUGUCCAUUUAAAAUGGCUGAUGUCUAUAAAGUUUAUUGAUUUAUAUAAAUAUGUUUUAGCGUUGAAAAAUAAUUAUUAUCUGUAGAUUAUUCUCCUUUGUCUUCUUAUUUAAUUUUCUUUGUACAAUAUCAUAAAUUUUAUUCCUGUUAUGAGUAAAUAUGCAUUAAUUGAGAGAUCUUUGUUUAUUUCCAAUGCAGGGAUGAUAGUUAAUUUAAGUUGGCUUUAUGAGCCAUGUAGUGUAUUGAAUAGAAAAUAAACAGUAAGUCUUCUGGGGAGCGUUUCAUCAAUAUUUUGAUCCGACAAGUUGUCAGAUCUGACAUCUUUCCAUGAUUUUGAUUGGCUG